AUGAAACCUGGAAGCUCAAAGUCCAACAAAUAUGGACCGUCUAUAAUUGACAUGUUUUCUAAACAAUUUGCUAAAAGGAAACAGGAAAACUUUGAUGUUACUAAUGAACAAUUGCAAGAUAAUAAAGUAGAUGAGAAUACCUUGGUAAUAAGCGAAGCUAAUAAAGAAAACCAUAAUUUACAAGCGAAGGAAGAAUGCUUUGAUGAACAUCUUAAUAAAAGAAUAAAAACUGAAAAUGAUAAGGUUGUACCAAAAUUUCAAGUUACAAAAACAAAUACUUUCCCUAAAAAAUGUGAAUACUGUCGUCAAAAAUUGAACGAUGAAAUGAAACUUUAUCCGGGUCACCCAAAUGGCGCUGUAGAAGAAGAGAUUGCUUUAAUCGAUCCAAAAUUAUGCUUAUUUAGCGGAAGCGAAUCAUUUAUACAUGAAAGUGAUCAACUGCCGCAAAAUAAAUUAACUUACUUUAGCGUUUAUGAUAAAAAUGGUCAUUUGUGUUCUUUCGAUACUGGGCUUAUAGAAAAAAAUGUAAAAUUAUAUUUUUCCGGAUAUAUGAAGGCUAUUUAUGAAGAAGAUACAUCACCCGAUGGCGGAGUACCAGCAAAAGAUAUAGGUCCAAUAAACGAGUGGUUCGUGUCUGGCUUCGAUGGGGGUGAAAUGGCUCUUGUAGGUUUUAGUACAGCAUUUGCUGAAUAUAUUCUAAUGGAACCAUCGGAUGCGUAUAUUCCUUUCUUUGAUCUGAUUAAAGGCAAAAUAUACAUGAGUAAAUUGGUCAUCGAAUUUCUCUUGGAUGAGAUUAGUCCUACUUACGAAGAUUUACUCAAUAAGCUUCAAACGAUAGUCCCACCUAAAGGGAUAGCAAAAUUCACCGAAGAUUCUUUGCUAAGACAUGCACAGUUCAUAUGUGAUCAAGUAUUGUCAUUUGAUAAUUCCGCUGACUCCGAUGAGGUACCUCUUAUUACAAAUCCUUGCAUGCGAGCAUUGGCUAGUCUUGCUGGUGUCACGUUGGGAAAAAGAUUAGCAAUUCGUCGAACACGUCAAGAACAAAAAAUUAAAAAACCUACUUGGACAAAAGCAACUACCACGCGAUUAGUUAAUGAUAUGUUUGAAAAUAUUUUUGCUGAUCAAUUGAUUAAACACGAUGAUAAAAUAAAAAUGGGGCCGAAAAGACAGAGGUGUGGAGUGUGCGAGAAUUGUCAACAGCCAGAUUGUGGUUUUUGUAAUGCUUGUAAAGAUAUGAUAAAAUAUGGAGGAACUGGGAGGAGCAAGCAAGCCUGUAUUAGAAGAAGAUGCCCAAACAUGACUAUUCAAGAAGCAGAUGAUUCUGAUCCUGAAAAUGAAGAACGUUACGAAACUCUGAUUGAAAAUAAAAAAAUUGAAAUAAAAGAAAACUGGAAAAAAGUUUUUCAAGAACUUAAGAAAGAUAUUACAUGGGUAAAGGAUCAAAUUACUGUCGAUAAUCAAAAAAUUUUUUACAAAUCUGUUAUAGUGAACAAUGAAGAAAUACAAGUAAAUGAUUAUGUACUCGUCGCGUCAAGAUAUUCAGCGACUCCAUCGCAUGUUGCUAAAGUUAUUUACAUGUGGGAAACUAAAAGCGGUAUGAAGCAGUUUCAUGCAAAUUGGUUUCACCGGGGUAAUGACACUAUCCUUGGGGAAACGUCAGAUCCUAAAGAAUUAUUUUUGAGCGACGACUGCGAUGAUGUACCGAUCACAUGUAUUAGUUCAAAAUGUACUGUUAUCUUUAAAAAAAUACCGGAUAAUUGGGCUGAUUUAGGUAAUAUGGAGUCAAGCUUCGAAGAUGAGAUAAAUGAUAUAGAUCAUAAAACAUUUUUUUACCAAAAACGCUAUAUACCUGAAACAGCUAGAUUUGAAGACCCACCAUCCGAUUUAAAAUGUGUUAAAAAAGAAAAUAGUUAUCGAUUUUGUCCUACUUGUGCUCGUUUAAGAGCAUGGGAACAAUUUAAUACACCGAAGGUAUUCGAACGAAUAGAAGAAAAGAGUAGCAAAGAAGUUAUUUAUCGAAUAGUAAAAUACAAGGGCGAAGAGUAUAGCGUUGGCACAACCGUAUUCUUACAACCAGAAGUUUUCAAAUUCAAAUAUGAAACUACACAUCAAGAUGUAUUCAGUCUGAAAAAGAAAAACGUAGACGAGGAUAUGUACCCCGAGUUUUAUAGAAAAUCUUCUGACCAUAUAAAGGGUUCAAAUUUGGAUACCCCCAAACCUUUUUGCAUAGGAUAUAUAAAUUUAAUAUAUGCUAAUACAGACGAUAUGCUAGUUUCACCUUCUGACAUUAAUAUCAAAGUAAAUAAAUUAUAUAGACCAGAAAAUACACAUAGAGAACCUACGUUAAUGGAACAAUCCGAUUUAAAUAUGGUUUAUUGGAGCGACGAAAUAUGCAGAGUAAAAUUCAUGGACGUUGUUGGUAAAUGCUAUCUUGUUUAUUCGGAGAAUUUAUGUCAAUCUGUCGACGAAUGGACCGUUGCCGGGCCAAAUCGAUUUUAUUUUAACGAAGCUUACAAUGAACAAGAAAAAACGUUUUACGAACCACCGGAUUGUGCUAUUAGUAUUGGUAAAUGCGGCAAAGGUAAACAUAAUUCGAAACUUAAAAGCAAAAACGCGGAAGAAACGAAAAGAAAAGCAUUGAUCAAUAAUCCUAUUGAACACAAAACGCUAUCAAGAAAAUUGAAAACAUUGGAUGUGUUUGCUGGUUGUGGUGGGUUGUCCGAAGGUUUCCAUCGGGCUGGUAUUUCUGAAAAUUGUUGGGCCAUUGAAAAAGAAGAACCAGCUGCUAAUGCAUACCGAUUAAACAAUUCGAAUGCAACAGUAUUUACAGAAGAUUGUAACAUAUUGUUAAAGAAAGUAAUGGAUGGUGAAAUAACGAACGAGUUCGGUCAGAAACUUCCUCAAAAAGGACAAGUAGAAAUGCUUUGCGGUGGGCCACCGUGCCAAGGUUUCAGCGGCAUGAAUCGUUUCAAUUCGCGACAAUAUUCUUUAUUCAAAAGCUCUCUCAUCGUGUCCUACUUAUCGUAUUGUGAUUUCUAUAGGCCCAAAUUUUUUGUUAUGGAAAAUGUUCGGAACUUUGUAUCUUUUAAAAAGAGCAUGGUUUUAAAGUUAACGUUGAGAUGCCUGAUUCGCAUGGGCUAUCAAUGCACGUUCGGUAUUCUUCAAGCUGGAAAUUAUGGUAUACCUCAAACAAGACGAAGAAUGAUACUUUUGGCUGCUGCACCUGGACAACAACUACCAAAAUAUCCAGAACCCACCCAUGUAUUUAGUAAACGUGUAUGCCAAUUGAGCGUAUUAGUCGAUAAUAGAAAGUAUAAUUCAAAUUGUACUUGGACAGAAUCGGCACCAUUUCGUACAAUUAAUGUGAAGGAUGCGAUGUCCGAUUUACCAGAAAUAAAAAAUGGAUGGAGCAAAGACGAAAUGCCUUAUAACAGCGAACCAAUGUCACACUUUCAAAGAAACGUGAGAAAAAAGCAGUAUCAACUUUUAUUGAGAGAUCAUGUAUGCAAAGAAAUGGCGCCUCUUGUAGAAGCUAGAAUGGCUCAUAUACCAAUCGCACCUGGUUCAGAUUGGCGCGAUUUACCAAACAUUGCUAUAAGAUUAAGCGAUGGUACUUAUUGUAACAAAUUGGAAUACAUUUAUGACGAUAAGAAAGCUGGGAGAAGUUCUACGGGAGCAUAUCGCGGUGUAUGUAGCUGUUGCACUGGAAAAUCGUGCGAUUCCACGGACAGACAAUUUAAUACCCUAAUUCCAUGGUGUCUCCCACACACAGGCAAUCGCCAUAACCAUUGGGCUGGUUUAUACGGUAGAGUAGAAUGGAAUGGAUUUUUUGGUACCACUAUUACAAAUCCUGAGCCUAUGGGGAAACAGGGUCGAGUAUUACAUCCAGUACAAACGCGAGUGGUAAGCGUACGCGAGUGUGCGAGAUCACAGGGAUUUUCAGACUCUUUUCGUUUUUACGGCACCAUACUUGAUAAGCAUCGACAAAUUGGAAACGCAGUUCCACCUCCACUCGCAGCGGCUAUCGGAUACGAGAUACGGAAAUGCAUACAAAGUGAAAAUAUAACGACCGAGACCGACAGAGACGUAGAAUCGAAAAUUAAUUGUUUGAUAUCCACUAGAGAUGAUACAAUUUUGAGUGAAAAUAUUUAAAAAUUUUUAGGUACAUGCAAAUAAUGAUAUGCAAGUUCGUGUUCGAGUAUCGAAAACAGACGAAUACGCACAUUAUUUUUAAUUUAUGAUUAGAUUUAAUCAAAUUAGGCGCCCAUUAUUUAUUUAAACAUAAUUAUAAUUGAAGGAGUAUUUAAUGUUAAGCGUUACACAAUCUUACGAGCGAAGAUAUCUAAAAAUAGUACAAAAUACCUCGAUUCUUUUUUGUUUAAUAUAAACUCUUAUUUGGUGAAACACUGAUUUAAUUAAUACUUUAAAACAUCUUGAGAAGGUUUCAUUCGAGUUUUAAACAAGUUUUAUUUUCGAUUAUCAUAAUAAUGAUCAAUUAUGUAGCUGUAAAAAUAACCCCUUUCGUUAUUCUAUUUUUCUGCCUUUUAUUAUAUAGCCGAUAAGUCAUAUAGAUUAAUUAGCAAAUAAUUAUUUAUUAAAUUUCGAUUAUAUUUAUCCGUCGUACUUUUAUAAAUAUCUAGUUACUUUGUACUUAACAUUCCAAUGUCGAUUUUAAUUCUUUUCUGAAUAAAAUUUAUUGUUGUUAAAAAGAGUGGUCUUACGAAAUACUACAUCUCUAAAACGGUUAUAGAUACAAAAAAAAUGCAUCUAAAAACAACAAAUACAUCCAUUUUUUAAAUGGAACUCUAUAAUUUUGAUUUGUCUAUCCAAUGCAGUAUUUUAAUUUCUAUAAAGAAGUAUUGAGGUAUUUAUACCUUAUACCGAAUACUUCCGGAGUUAUAAUAUUUUAAAGUUUACUAACGCCGUGUGUUAAGAAAACAUCUAAUUUUCGUGUUAACCACGACCCAGAAUGAAGAAUGGAAAAUUUGUAAUAUUUUUCAAUGAGGAAAAGUUAAAUCUAUAGACGAUCCUGAUAAAUUAAAACGCUAUUGACAUGAUUUACGCAAAGUUGAAACCGUAGGCACGAGUAGAAGUUUAACGGUGUUGGCAGCAUUUAGCUAUAAUUCUAAAACGCCAGUAGGUAAAAUUUCUACGAGAUUGAAAGCAGAUAAAUAUAUCAAUCUUUUCGAAGGCAUUCUGAUUGUUUUAUCGAAGAAAAUCAUGAAGACAAUAUUUUAUUCUUCAGCAAAGUAACGCAGAAAUACAUAACCCUAAGAAGAUUUAAGAAUGGUUAAAAAAAAAAUUUUCCAUUUAUGAAGAGAAGCCCUGACGUUUUCUUGAUCUAAAUAUAAUUGAAAAUUCGUGGGAUAUUUUAUCAAGUAUAAUACACAAAAAUAGGUGUAAUAUAGCGACAUUAAAGAGUUAGAGAAUGCAAUAAUAUAUGAAUCCGAAAUCAGUAAGAUUUAAGCCCAAAAAGGCUUAAAGAUUGGCCUUCUAAACCAAAAUACCCCUUAAAUGCCGUCAAAAUCACAACACAAUACUAUCUACAUUCAAGUAUUAUUGUCCGAGAAUGAAAAAUUUUUAACAACAUUGUAACGACAGAUAUUUAUAACAAUGGAAAAUUUACGUGUGUAAAAGUAUCGAGCUAAGUAAUGAUCUUAUAAAAAGGAAAUUCAUGAAUUGUUAUUGCACAAUAAUUGAAGGUUGAGAAAAGUAUGAUUUCACAACGUUUAAAUAGUAUUCGAUUAUUUGGAGGUAUUGGUGUUAAAAAACGAUUCAUUGGUAUAAUUAGAAUUUGCACUGAGACACUGAAACUGGACUGUGGAAAUUUGAAAGAAAAUUCUGUUUAACAAUGAAUGCAAAUUAGGUACUACAAUGGCGUGGUGGUAAAGUACGAGGCUUCCACCCGGCGGGCCCAAGUUCGAUUCCCCAAUGAAUGCAAAAUUCAAGUUGUUUGAAAUGGAUGGAAUACAGUAGGAACAAAGUACAUAUGUAUAACUCUAGGUAUCAAAUUCCAACAAUCAAACAUGGGAAGAGGAAACGUUAUGAUAUAGGUUGUAUUCUUUGCCCAAAGGGGUGAAUCUUUAGUUAAAGUAGAAGGUAAAAAGAGUAUUUUAUACAAAUAUAUUAGAAUAGAAGACGUAACCAUAUGCCAAAUUAAGUUUUCCAAUACAGCGUCCACUAACUGUGGCAACACAAUCAACUGAUCUAAAUCUCUUUAAACACCCAAGAAAUGAAUCAGUACUUAAAUUGGGUUAAGACCACAAAACAUAAUAGAAAAAAAUGACCUGUUGUAGUUUUUAAAGAACGAAUGGAUAAAAAUUUCAAAUCAAUCUAUUAAACGUCUUAUUGAAGUAUUAAAUAUAACUAUAAUCUUGAAAUAUCAAACAAUCUAAACUUUGUGCUUGUAUUAAAAAUCAUUUAUAAUUUAUGUUGAUAAAUAAUCUUGGCCUGAUACUUUUGCACGCGCCCAAUUCCCGUAUUAAUAAAUAUGUAUGUAUAUCAUUACAACAAAGUCAAAAAUUUAUUAUCUUCGUACACUGAUACCUUAUUAUCAAACACUCUUUGUACAGUGAGUCACAGUCGAAAUCAUACAGCACGUAUUAGAAAAUGGUUCGUCUCGUAAAAAAAUUUAGGGACAAUUUUUAAAAACGAAUCUAACGAGUAUACAUA